UGAACUUUAUUUACACAAGGCUUAAAUAAAUGUGGAGGAAAGGCUAAAGCAAAAGAGAAGAGGCAGUGUUAGAAGUUUGUAGAAGGUGGUGAUGAGAGAGGUGGCAGGGAAGAGGCAGGGAGGAGGGUCGCCGUGUGCGGCGUGCAAGCUGCUGCGCCGGCGGUGUGCUGAGGACUGUGUGUUUGCACCAUACUUUCCGGCUGACCAGCCUCACAAGUUUGCUAGUGUGCAUAAGGUCUUUGGUGCUAGUAAUGUUAACAAGCUCUUGCAGGAACUCCCGGUGCACCACCGGAGUGACGCGGUGAGCAGCUUGGUGUAUGAGGCGAAUGCGAGGGUUCGAGAUCCCGUCUAUGGCUGUGUUGGCGCCAUCUCUUCGCUGCAACAACAGGUUGAUGCUUUACAAACACAAUUAGCAAUCGCGCAAGCGGAGAUGUUACACAUAAGGAUGAGCCACACUGCAUACCUUGCCCGUCUUGGCUUGACACCGGCAAUGAGCGGGAGUGGCGGUAGCUCAUCGGGGACGUCUUCGCCUAAGUUGAUGGAGAUCAAUGAGAAGCCUACAUAUGGCUUAGAGAUGGUGGUAGAUCAGAGCACCUUGGAUGAACCACUCUGGCCUUGUUGAUCAGAUUGAUGUAUUCGCCUUUUCGAU